GUUAAACUGCGAUAGAAAACUAUAAACAAAAUGGAAAAGGCUGAAAAAGCCAAAAUUAGUGCACAAAUCAAACAUGUGCCCAAAGAUGCACAAGUUAUUAUGUCUAUACUCAAGGAGCUAAACAUUCAAGAGUAUGAGCCGCGCGUAGUAAAUCAAUUACUCGAGUUCACAUUUCGCUAUGUGACUUGCAUACUGGAUGAUGCCAAGGUAUAUGCAAACCAUGCACGCAAGAAGACCAUUGAUCUCGAUGAUGUUCGUUUGGCAACAGAGAUGACUUUGGAUAAGAGUUUUACAGGGCCGCCAUCACGUCAUAUUCUAGCCAAGGUGGCUGAGCUGCGCAAUGCAAUGCCACUACCUCCAAUAAAACCCCAUUGCGGUUUGCGCCUGCCGCCCGAUCGUUACUGUUUAACUGGUGUAAACUACAAACUGCGUGCCACAAAUCAACCCAAGAAGAUGACCAAAUCAGCGCUAGAGGGUCGCACUGUAAAAACAAUGGUGAAGCCCGUCUCCAGCGCCAAUGGACCCAAACGUGCACACUCAAUAGUGUCUAAGCAACAGGUGGUUACUAUACCCAAGCCAGUUAUUAAGUUUACAACGACAACGAAAACAGUGCCCGUUAUGGAGGUGAAGAAUGAACCUGCUGAUAUGAAAAUGGAAGUCGAUAGCGAUGCAGCUGCAGUGGGAAGCAUUGCAAGUAGUAAUACAGCUGUUAAACGGGAACGUGACGAUGAGGAAUUUGAAUUUCCAACUAAUUAAUGAAAAAUAUCCCUACAUUUAUAAGAAAAUAAGUUUCCAAUUUAUAAGCUGGUAAUAAAACCAACGUCUUAUGUUU